UUGACCUUUGACCUUUCAUUGAGUGGUGCCGUUUUGUGCAGGUGGUUUGGUGUCGUCGUGAUGCAGAUGUCGACCUUUUUCUUUCUGGUUGUUCCCUCUUAAGGAGACUCAAAAUAAUGAUUUGAAAUGCUGUGCUGCUGAGCGCAGCCGCCGCAGUACCGUUUCUGACCGCUAGAUGGAGACAUUGGACACGAGUCACUAACACACUUUCAGCUUUCAUGAAGCAGCUUUAUAUAGGAGGUGAGCUUUGCCAAAAACGGCGUUACUAUGCAAUCCCCCGUUCGCGACCAAUAGAACAACAGAAUGCGUAAUGAAGACAGGAGCGGAGGGAGUUUUGGAGGAGGGGUCUCCGUGCGUAAAUGCGCAGCCGAGCGUGAAAGAGCCGGAGGGACAAAGACAUGCAGCAUGCAACAGGACUCUGAGAGCAGAAAACACUCUCCAAAUAACAUGCAAACCCCAGACGCAGGAGCAUUCUUACACAUGAAGAGGAUAAACAUUUGAAAUGCACUCAACCGGAUCGCAGCAAGCUGAACUGAUUGCACGGAUAACCGCUGAACUUUCAAUCUGAAAAGCCUCAUUGUGGAGUAAAUGCAUGCUUUCCUGUGACGCACCAUGUUGUGCUUUCACCGAUUGAUGCAAGCAUGCAUCUAAUCUGAGUUCGCACGCAAAAUGGAGAGGAGCAUCGUUCCCGUCGCAUUUCUCUGGUUUGCGAUGAUGCUGGAUGCGCAGAUGGUUUGCUGGCAGGCGCUGAUGCGAUGUCAUGAGGAACGUGAUUGUGAGCUUGCCUAUAACCAGUAUUUGACAGCAUGCGACGGGAUCAUCCGCGGAAGCAGACGCCAGUGUCCAAGCCACUGCAUCAGCGCGCUCAUCCGCCUCAACCAGACAGCAAACGGCCCGUUUCUGGAGACCUGUGACUGCGGGAUCGACCCCGAGUGCCUAAGAGCCAAACGAGCCGUCGAGCCCUGUCUGCCGCGGACGCAUCCGGGCGAUGCCGAUGGGAUCGGUUGCACCGAAGCGCGCCAGCGAUGCGAAGACGAGCCGAGCUGUCAGUCAUCCCUCACUGCAUAUCUAUCCCACUGUGGACAGCUGUUUAACGGGCGGAAGUGUUCGUCUCGGUGCAAAUCCACCAUCGAGGAGCUGCUGUUCAUGCCCAGCGGCGUGCUGCUCAAUCAGUGCGUCUGCGACGGUCUGGAGAGGCCGUUUUGUGAGGUGGUCAAACAGAACAUGGUCAAACUGUGUUCGAUGGGAGACAACAGCGUACCCAUGGACCACGACGGGACGGACGAUGCAUAUGAGGACGAGGAUUACGAGGCGAAACCAGAGAGCGAGGCGACUGAUGCUGAUGCGGUGAUGUCGUUCACAAGCGCUUUGACUCUUUCUCAACACGUGGUUUUGCUGUGCAUUGCAUUUGCUCUGGCGUUCAUGCUUUAAAGUGUGGCGGAUUGAACGUCUGGAAGCAGCUGCACUGCAGUGUUUGUACUCUCAUUAGGUCUUUGUUUCCGUGUUGUUUCACCUCAGUGCCACUUGAAGUGUCUCAAGGCAAACAGUGGACGCACGUCGAGGGUUUGCACAGCGGACGCUCAUUCUUUCUUCAAAUAUUUGCAGUGUGCGGGCACAUAAAGGAGCCGGUUUGGAGAUCAAGUGCUUCAUUUAGGUGGAGAGGCCCUUCAGAAGCUGUUAAACGCUCUCGUUCUCUCUCACACUUCAGGUUUAUUGGCUUGACCUCGUCCUCUGAACGAUCAGGUCUUGGUUUUGAGCGUUUGACAGCAUGCACACCAUCACACUUGUCUCUAAACCUACUGUUCAUGUAUGCUGGAAAUCAACACCAAGUGCCUGAAUGACUGCCUGUAUUUUACUGGAGCUUUUCUCCAUACAAGUUUUCAAUGGUUUUAAACCUUACUUAAAGCCAUUAUAUAUGAUGCAUUAUAAAUUUAGUUUUAAUUAUGCCUUGUAAUGUUUGAUCUCUUGAAUAAUUGCAACCACAGUUAUAAUGCAUUAAAAUACAUUGUUACACCGUUAGAAAGUAUAAUGCAUUAAAACACAUGACAAACAAACCUUCAAAUAGUAUAAUGCAUUUUAACUUUGGUUAGAAUUACUUAUGUAAUGCAUUACAAUGCACAUUUAUGAAUACCUUUGUAAUGGGUUAUACCUAAAGGCUUUAAGUUAAGUGUUACCGAUCAUUCUUUUUUUUUUUUUUGCAAAUAAUGAAUUAUUAGUAAUGUUACAAAGACUAAAGUUUAGAGUUUAUCUAAACUCUAAAAGCAGAAGCACACUUUAUGUAAGUACGCAAACUGAUCGAAACACAAACCAUUCAUUCUCAAUGUUGCCUCAAGGGAUGCUAUAGCAGACAUGAACGUGAACUGUUUUCUAUGGUCAGUUUUCUCUUUUAGGUCAGUUACUGUCAUUGCAUUUGAAGAGAAUCUUGCAGAGCAAGUUAGUUAAAGAUAAUUAAGCUGUUGAUGUUUAUAGCAGCUACUUGAAUUUUAAUGCAUCUGACUUGAAGGAAACUCGUAGUUGUGUUUGCGUACUUGCAUUGAGUGUGUUUCUGGUUUAAUAUUUCUUAAACUUCUUAAAGGGUCUUGAAGUUUGUACAGAAAAAGAAUUUAUUUAUACAUUUUGGAAUAAUUAAAAUAAAAGUCAUGCUGAAAUUUAAGAUGGAGACUUGUCUUAAGUUAAUUUAUCAUCUGAAAAAUGUGGGAUAUUUAUGUCCAAAUCCAAUG